CUUACGUGCGUCUGUGUGAACGAUAUAAGGACGGCCACAAGCCUCGCUGAGUACACACUCCUGAAGCAUCAGACCUCAACGGACACACAGUCAUCUCAGCGGUACAGCCAAAAUCAGCCAAGAUGUGUUGCACAGGUUUCCUUAAAGUCAUGAUGUUCAUCUUCAACGGUGGCAUCUUUUUGGCAGGUUUGGUCAUUUUGGGAGUUGGUAUAUGGGUGACGGUGGACAGCGACUCUUUGCUGAAUUUGGUGGAGAAAGUGGUCGAUUUGCCAGAUGAGGUCUUCAAGCUGAACUAUGUAGGCUAUAUGCUGAUCGGAGUGGGCGCUGUGCUUUUGAUCAUUGGCUUUCUGGGAUGCUGCGGCGCCAUCAACGAGAACAGGUGUAUGCUGCUGACGUUCUUCAGUCUUGUGCUGAUCAUCUUCAUCGUCGAGGUUGCAGGGGGUAUCGUGCUGUUCGUCUUCACCGAUGAGGUUGAUCAAAUCUUCAACAAUUUAGAGAAUGAUGUAAUAACAGAUAUUCAAGCAAACUAUGGAAAAGAUCCAGGCAUGACCGAACUCUGGAAUAUAACCAUGGAGCAGUCUCGUUGCUGUGGUUACAAGAACUACACAGAUUUUUAUGGCUCCCCUUUUAACAUCGGAGGUGAAUACCCCCCACCAUGCUGCCACUCUAGCACAGGACCAUGCACUUCAGAUUUAGCACGUAUAUCGAACGUUAAAGGCUGCUUUGUUAAGCUGGUGGAGCUGUUGGAGGAAAACUCUAUUAUCAUUGCUGGUGUAGCUAUUGGAAUAGCUUCCCUUGAGAUCGCUGCCAUGGUGGUUUCUAUGGUUCUCUACUGCAAUGCUGGCAAAAAGUGAAAGUGAUUCGCCCUGGGGAUGAUAAAAAAAGAUAAUGGAAUUGGUUGCAA